ACCAAGACUUGUGAUAUGUAUAUAUAUGAAUAUGUAUAUAUAGCUAAUAAGGGAAGAGAAAUAAGUAGCAUAGUACGUAGGAGAAUCGAUAUAUAGAAUGAAGGGUGUUAUUGGAUCGUGGUCUUCUUCAUCAGAAAACUACAUACCAUUAACUCCUAUAAGUUUCUUAGAACGAGCAGCCGAUGGUUUUGGAGAUGAAACUUCCAUAGUUGACUAUGCCAAUAAUUCAGUCUCAUUUUCAUGGAGUCAAACUCAUCUCAGAUGUCUCCACCUUGCUUCUGCUCUUCUCCAUUUAGGGAUCUCUCGCCAUGAUGUUGUGGCUGCUGUUGCCCCAAACAUUCCAGCUCUAUAUGAGUUACAUUUUGGGGUUCCAAUGGCCGGUGCAGUCCUCUGUGCUCUUAACUACACCCUAGAUCACACCACAUUAGCCCAGAUAUUCCUCCAACUACACCCCAUAUUCAUUUUUGUCGACCACCAAUUUCUCGACCUCGUCCUUGAAGCAUUACACUCUCUAACACAAAAUCUUAGUCAUCAUGGUCAACCACCACCAACCCUUGUGCUAAUUCCACCUAAUGAACAAUCACCAUCGAAUAAUUUGCCACCAGGUACCUUCAGCUAUACCCAAUUGCUUGAAUUAGCACCACCUCACGGCCAUGAUCACCAUCGUAAGAUUGAGAUAGUACAACGACCAAACGACGAACGUGAUCCGAUCUCAGUGAACUACACUUCAGGCUCCACAGGGAACCCUAAAGGAGUUGUGUACAGCCAUCGAGCAGUGUAUCUGAACUCUAUGGCAAAUAUCAUCAAUCUGGGCAUGACCAGUCGUACUGCAACUCGACAAGCCACCGUUUUUUUAUGGACGGUGGACAUGUUUCGUUGCAACGGUUGGUGCUUGCCUUGGGCGAUGGCAGCCAUUGGUGGAACCAAUGUCUGCCUCAGAAACAAUAACAUCUCCGCCGAGGUCAUAUUCCACGCCAUUACUCUUCACAAAGUCACUCACUUGUGUGGGAAGCCUCUUCUUUUGAGCAUUCUGGCUCGAGCAUCGGAAGACAAAACUCGAAACCCGCUGUCGCCGAGGGUGGAGCUCGUGGUGGCCGGAACACUCCCGUGCGAUCAUGUUCUGAAGAAGGUGACCAAGCUAGGGUUCAACAUAAGCAACGGCUAUGGUAUGACCGAGGCUCUUGGUCCGACCAUUAUCGAACCAUGGAUGCCGAAUGAUGAUGUAACAACAACAACAUCAACAACAAAACGUCGUCGUUUAAGGAGUAGUGCUAUAACGAUGGAAGGGUUUGACGUGAAAGAUUCCAAGACAAUGGAGAGUGUUCCGAAGGAUGGGAAAACAGUUGGGGAGAUCAUGUUAAGAGGGAAUACUUUGAUGUCUGGCUAUGUCGAAAACCCUAAGGCCUUCAAGGAAGGUUGGUAUAGGACAGGAGAUGUGGGAGUGAGACAUCCAGAUGGGUACGUAGAAAUGAAAGAUAGAGCUGUGGACGUUGUGAUAGGCAAAGGUGGCCAUGUUGUGAGCUCGCUCGAGGUCGAGGCUGUGCUGCUGUGCCAUCCUCGUGUGUCGGAGGCUGCCGUGGUUGGAAGAAGACUAUGCAAAAAUGACGAGCAAAGUUCGAGUAGUAGUACCAUUUGUGCCUUUGUCAAGUUGAAGGAGAAUACUAGUAGUAGUAGUAGUAGUAGUACUAGUUCUCAAGAGAUUAUUGAGUUUUGUCAAGAGAGUUUGCCAAGUUAUAUGGUUCCAAAUCUUGUCAUCUUUGGUGAUUUGCCGGUUAAUCCAACUGGGAAGGUUCAGAAGUUUGUUCUCAGAGACAAGGUCAACAACUCAAGUAAUGGAUAUCUUCACCUCUAAAGCUGAGAAAUACAUCAUAUUUCUUCGAAAAAUUAUUUAAAGAAGAAGAAGAAGCCGACGCCAUGGGAAUGCUCAAAUAUCUCAAGAAGGUUUUCGUGAUGACGAGUAUCAAGGGAGAAUUUCUUCUACGAAAUGAGAUUCAGAGCUGGCAUGGGACAAAAAUAUGAUUUGAAACUUGAUCUUUUUUUUUAAAAAAAAGUCUUCAGGCGUUCUUGCUUUGAAUUCUGUUAAUUUGGUUGCAAAAGUCAUCAUCAUUCUUCACCGGAUCGUCUACUUGGCUAUACACUUUAGAUACCAUGCUCUACCGGAUGAUGCUCAGUGCUAAAUAUAUAUACUUGUCGUUUCGUUGGUUUAGUGUCCUUUUCACUAAUGUUGUCGUUUCUUUCCUUUGUUGCCGUCUCUACAAUUACUGUCGUUUCUUAAGAUUGUUGUUGUUUCUCAGAUUUGUUUUCGUUUAUACCGUUUAUUGUCGUUUUUCACGUGUGUUGAUUGUUGUCCUUUAUCCCGUUUGCUGUCAUUUGUUAAAGAUUAUGGUCGUUUAUUGUAGUUUUCGCGAUUAUUGUCGUUUUUCACAUGUAAUUGUUUUCGCCUAA